CUUUCACGGCGCGCAAGUAUGUGCUUACAGCGAAAAUCCACUGCACAGCUAUCAUGACAUCGCUUCCGCUCAAAAGGUUGUGGAUUCCACGUUCUCAUCUCGUUCUUCUGCAUGACCUGGUGUGCUUGGCUAUCUAUCUUGUGAUGUCGGUCAUCGUUGUUCAGUAAAGGAUGUCUUCCUGAUGGUUGCAAUUCCCUCCGCGCCCGGUAGCGAUGUUGCUGUAUACGUUCUAUCUUCAAUUCGCGUCCACGCCCAUAAAGCCCUCGACGCAGCGGAGGGUGCAUAUUCCCAGGAGCUGGACCUCCCUGGUCCCAUCAUGUCUUUAUCACCCUCGGACGCCUUGCAGCAACUCGUCGAAGCGCAGAGAAUAUGUGUACGCUUUUCAGGAUAGCCAGUAACUCUAUACAGGUAUCAGCAAGCGCGUUAUGGAUCUCAGAAUACAUACAGACCCUCCCCAUGGAAAUCGAGGCUGUGUGGAACAGAAAGAUGUCUGGGACAUCCUUUCUCUUUCUCAUCAACCGAUACAGCUUCCUCGUGUUCUUUAUAGCUCAGACGUACUCCAACUUGCCCGGAAGUGCCACCGAUCAAGAAUGCUCUCGUGUGUUUCUAGUAGCGCAAAUCUGUAGCGCACUCUCAGAUUGCACCACCUCACUCUUGAUGCUCCUUCGAGUAUAUGCAUUGUAUGCGCGGAGUAAGGUGAUACUGGUCGCCGCUAUUGCCCUGAUAGGAUCACGGAUAGCGCUCGAUCUCUAUAGUAUACCCCUAGUAGACGCCAUUUCAUCACAAUCAACCCUGUUUUCCGCACUCUCCCGCUGUGCGGGUGAUGUUAGUGCUGUAAAUCUGAUCAUACAAACUAGGUUUUCCAUAGCGAUACCGAUGCUACUAGUAGUAUUCGAUAUUUUCAUCCUGAUACUGACCAUGGUCAAGACUCUCGAUGCAGCCAGAGGACUUCGUCGACAGGGACAGAAGGGGAUCAUACUAGUUGUCCUUAGAGAUGGGAUAUUCUACUUUAUAACUAUCUCUAUAUUUGUGAUCGCAGAGACAGCUACUGCAUUGGCGGCAAUUCUUCUCCCCGGGUUCACCUCUCAGCUACUCCUUAUAUCGAGCCCUUUCAUCGCUGCGUAACUGAUUUCUCAAUCCCUCUAUGAUCUCACUUCUCUUAAACAACGCUUGUUUGUCCGUAGGAUGCCCAACAUUCUCGUCAACCGUCUUUUCCUCAACCUGAAGACAUUUGAUGACCCGAAGGAAGGGCUCUCCAC